AUGCAGUGGGAUGAUGACACCGAAGCAUCUGUGCAACCACCGCCACUCAUCUGCACCGAGUGGGGUGGUGGUGAUGGUGGUGGUGGUGGUGGGAGGAGGAGGAGGAGGAGAGGCCAGAUAGUGGAACGACUGAAAAUGAUAGUCGAGUACAAAUUACGUCGUGAAACGGUGACACGGUCGUGCCUUACUUCUGCCCUCUCGUCCAUCGUGUCAAUGGUGGAGUUGGGAGGUGUUGGAAACACUUUGCUGGGAGCAAUGAGUGGAUGUGGAGAGCAUACAACUUCUCAUCACACCACACCACAUCCCAUGGCAAACCUCGUGUUGUGGACUAAUCUCCCACUCCUUCUCCUCCUUCAUUCCCGUCUCCCCUCCACCCCUAACUGCUGCUGA